GGAAGAACUAACACCGGAACUGCUGCAUUACUAGUAAAGGUCAAAGAUGUCGAAGAUCAACCUCCAGAGUUUAUUGUGGCAUCAACAGUAAUACGAGUGCCGGAAGAUGCUCCGAUCGGAACAACUGUAACUCAAGUAAAAGCCAUCGAUGGCGACCGAGGCGUGAACAACCGCAUAAGGUAUUCCAUAUCUCGAAACAUCAGCAGUCCGUUCAGAAUCGAUGGAAGUCUGGGCACCAUUUCUACCACGAUGAAAUUGGAUCGAGAGGAUGCCAGAAAUCGAGCGAAUGCAGCAUAUAUCUUAGAAAUUGUAGCAACGAACAGAACUCAAAAAUUAAGCCAACGCCAUCGGUUCGAACAGAAAUCACCAUAAUUAUAACGGAUGUGAAUGAUGAAACUCCAACGUUCAGAAGUCACUCGUACGAAAGUGAAAUCAAUGAAAAUGCACAAGAAAACACUCCAGUAUCGUUUCUCGGCUUUUCCCGGAAUGAAGUGUUUGAUUACGACCAAGGGCAUAACGGUACAUUUGAUCUCUAUUUAGAGCCAAAUAAUGGACUAUUCGAAAUAACUCCCAGUAGAGCAGUGAACGAAGCCACUUUCGUUUUGCGUGUGAAGGAUUCAACUUUGCUGGACUACGAGAAAGUGAAGUCAAUGAAUUUCACAAUUCAUGCCAGGGAGAUUGCUCCAGAGGGAAAGCAUAGCAUGGCAACGAUUGUCGUCCACAUCAGAGAUCAAAACGACAAUUUUCCCGAAUUCUCGAAAGCGUCAUACGAGUGCUAUCUGCCCAGAGAACAGUGGGUAGGGGCUUUGCUGACUCAAAUCCAAGCGGUUGAUGUCGAUUCAGGCGAUUUUGGAACGAGUGGCAUCCGAUUCAUAAGUCUAUCG